UUCAGGAUGAGAUUUUUAGAAACUCUGUUUGUAUAAAAUUCUGUGUGUUUGUGUGAGAUCUGGCGAUUGAAGAUAAUAAAAAAAAAUUCCAUUGAUUUCCAUUCCGUAUCGCGGUGUAUCUAGCUGUAUCGUCGCCCAACUCUGUGUUGUUUAAAGUGGAAACCACAAUGGACGAUGUCAGAAAUACAAAGGAGAUGGUCUUCGAUGUAGUGGUGAUCGGGGCGGGCAUCGAGGGAUCAGCAGCCGCUUAUUACAGCGCGAGAGAUGGACGUCGAGUUCUACUCUUAGAACAGUAUUCAUUACCUCACACAAGAGGUAGUUCGCAUGGUGGCAGUAGAAUCACUCGCUUAGCAGAGUCAGACGAACGCUUUCAAAAAUUUAGUUCCGAGUCAUAUGCACUAUGGGAGGAGUUGGAAAAGGAGACUAAAACCGAAUUGCUGAGAAAAGUUGGGAUGUUACUUAUUUCUAAUGAUGGAUGGGAAGACGGUUAUCCGAAUCGUGUUAUGCAGUCAAUGGUGAAGUCCGGAGCUGGUUUGGAGCGGAUAGCGGCCGAAGAGGCAAAUAUUCGGAUACCUAACUUCAAACAUUCUGCAGACUCUGAGUUGUGCAUUUACCAGCACGCGGGUUAUAUCCGAGCAAAUAAGGCACUUCAUGCUUUCCAGGGUGAAUUUGUGAAACGAGGUGGAGUUCUCCACGAUGAGGAGAAGAUGUUGGAGAUUGUUCCCGGUGCCAUGGUAACGGUGAAGACCAAUCGAAGUGAGUACCAGACUAGAAGUGUCAUCCUGGCUCCUGGUCCUUGGGCAUCAACAGUUAUAAAGCAACUUGGACUAAACAUAUCACUCCAGGUUCAUCUGGCAUACCACAUAUUCUGGAAGGAGAGAGUGCAAGGAACCUACGCGGAAUUUCCAGUCUUUAAUGACUUGGACAGAGAUGGAAUUGCCUACAGUGGGUGUCCAAGCAAUGAAUACCCUGGACUUAUGAAGAUAGGAAAGUGGAUGUCCACCCCAAUCGAUGAUCCUGAUUCCCGUGAUCAAACGGAUGAACAGCAGGAAUUAGAUGUUCUUCGGGACUAUAUUCGGGAACACUUUCCGGGACUGGAUGCGGACAAUGGUCCCGCUAUAAAGGAGGCUUGUCUUGUUACGGAGGCCCCAGACCAGACCUUCAUCAUUGACGUCCAUCCAUCGUAUAGUAACAUAGCGAUAGGUUGUGCCUUCGCUGGAGGGGGGUUCAUGUAUGCCCCUAUCGUGGGGCGGCUUCUCUCCCAACUGGCUGAGGGUGUCCAACCGCAACUAGAUAUCUCGCUCUUCUCAAUCAGUCGAUUUGAAAAAUAAUAGAGAGACAUGAUAAAUACAGGCGCUUCCAGGAUUUCAUAAAAAGAAAAAAGAUAAAGAGGUAUUGAGGCACAAGAAUUGCGAUCGAUUUUUUUUUAUUUUAGCAAAAACUCUCAUAGCAUGAAUACCUAGCUAUGGCAAUUUGGAGGAAAGGGAAGAAAGGUUGCUUUUUUUUUUUUUUUCUUAAUUUUUUUCUCAAAAGAGAAACUCCUUCACUCUUGCUCUAAAUUUAUAUAUGAAUGUUGCUUCCGCGCUGCGCGCGGUUAAAUGACAAUAUUGAAGUUCUCCAUUGUUUCCCCCACCCUUUCUCUAACCCUGUUUUUCCACCUCAGCUAUAUGUGUUUCUUGCCAAGUUCAAAUGUACACAUUAGGGCAUGGAAUUUGAGUAAGAUUAGGCCGAACUAUAUGAAGUUAUCUUUUUUUUUUAUCGCGCAACUUAUGGUCGGGUCGGCUCCAGGCGGGUAAAAUCAAUUUCUGCCGUCACCUCCAUAAAGUCAACUUUUCCCGCUUUUCAGCUCAUUACUAAACAACCAUAAUUUUGGGGCAAACAGGUUCCUUAUUUAAAAAGAGGAAGGUAUAAAAUUCGUGUCGUAUUAAAUAAAAAGUACAAUAUUUUUAUCGAAUUCUAUUAAACUUCAUGUCCUUUCCCUGCACAUUCAUCUCCUGUCCUGUUUUGCGCCCUCAGUUUGAAAUUUUGAAUGACACUUGAGAUAGUUCAAAAUGAAGCGCUUCAGGAUAAGUCAAAGAAAUUAGGCAUCCUUUUUUAUAUAAUUUCAAUAAAUCACAGAAGUUUCAACUUUUUGCGCACUAUUUUCCUUGUAAUGAAGUUCAAUAAUCUUAUCAAAUCAAUUGAAUUAGAGCCGAUGGGCAUUAUAAGGUAUUAGAGAUAUCUGCAUUUGAUGAAACGUCCGCCCUUUGAAAUUUCAGAGUUUCAUUGCUCUGCGCGGGGAGGAAUAUCUUCCUCCCGGCAUAUACACUUCUUCUCCUCUGUUUUGCGAGUUAAAGAUAUGCACUGUCGCUAAAUUGUAAUCAAAUCUGAUCUUUCCAAGGGAAGUAUUCAAUGUAUCGUUGAGUAUACCCUUUUCUCGGGACCCUUUUCAUGGCAAAAAAAAUGAUAACACGCUUUAGCUUCCGCGCUUCGCGCGGGCUUAUUAUUAUUUUAAUUUCCUCCAUUGUAUUCCUUUUUUGUGCGUUCACAAUCACUUUUGAAAACAAGGUUCAAAAUCACAAUAUAGUCAACUGAAUUGGAACUGAUAUAGGUACUAGAGACAAGAGAGACGGCUCCUUUUCAUUUUUAUUUAUGAAACACCAAAAGCUUCGCGCUUCGCGCGCGAGGGGGAAACUCCCCCUCCCUGCACCCACCCCCUAGGGAGCGCGCUUCGCGCGCUCUGUAAUUGUUGGCACGCUUCGCGUGCAUUUACCGCCCCCUCCAAAAUGAAAUCCUGGCUACGCGGUUGCCCCCCCCCCCCUGUCUUAGAACGCUCUAAGUGCAAUUUUCAUAUUAACAUCUAUUAGUGUAUUUGCCUAUUUAAAAAAAAAAUGAUACAAUAUAAAUAGUAUGUAGAAUUAUAUGUCAUUUCAUAAUCUCUUGUAUGGAGAUCGUCAAUGAGAUUCUACUCGAUAAUGAUGAUCAACGCCCUCUAUCUGUCUUUCUGCUUUUCGAAUUCAAUUCGAAUUGAAAGGUUGGAGUUAACCAUUGAGAUAUUUAACAAAGCUUUUGUCAAAAAGUUAUAAAUAAAUGUCAUUGUUCAAAUAUGAUUACCAAGAAAUAAAAAAACAUUCUUGAUAAUAAUGC